UUUCUUUGCCCUGAUUAAAAAUUUUUGCUAUAUUUGUAUUUUACUUUUGCAGCAGGAAGGACUGUAAGAACUUUGACUCUGGGUGAGGGAGCUUCCAACUUCUACUAAGAAUAUGAAUUAUGCAAGAUGGUAGGCUAUCCAUAUAACCUCUUUCUGUAUAGUACUGACAGCAGAAUUAAACAUUUGCUAGUUCUUCACCUCCCAUGGUUCACUGCUGGCAUCCUAGCUUACCUUGUAAAAAUAAAAUUGUUUUCUACUGAUAUGAGAGACCACAAAAUGUUUCAUCUGAAGCACAGGCAGACAGGACUAAAAUGUCAGAUUAGAAUGAGGCAAACACUUGAUGUAGCAGAUAAAUAUAUUUGAGUCCAAGCUUUGAUAUUCUUAUCCUUGUAGCUUAUUUUUUCUCAUAUUUAGACUUGAAAAACUUUGAGAAGAGAUCUGAAAAUGGUAUAAAUCAACUUUUGAAUUUUUUUUGACUCUACAGCAAAUCUAAAAUUCUCAGUGCUGUUGUGCAUAACAGAGUUAUAAACAAUACAUUUGUUUGUCAAAUAUUGGGAGAUAUUUGAGUGCUUGCAGUAGGGAUUUGAAAACCUUGAAACUGAGUGUGAGGUGGGUAACAAGAUUCUUCUGCCUGGCUGCCUGAAGGGUGAGAAGGCUCCCCAGAAAACAGCAGAAGAGUGAAUGGUAAGUCUUAAGUAGGCUUAUGCCACUGUUGUCCUAAGACUUGGCUGGAGCCACACCACUGUGCCUUGAAAGAGAGAGGAGGAACUAAUGGAAAGAAGCUAGAGAUGAGGUCUCUGCUAAAAGUGUUAUUUAAAAUAUCCACGGAGAGGGAAUGAAAAGAAAACAAGGUUGUUCUCUCUGUCAAAUGGUUUUUAGUCAUGGGAACUUGAUGGCGCAUUGACUGGAAGAACAAGGUUAGAUACCCAGAAUGGCUGUUCAGGUGGCUGCAUCUUCAGGCAGGCAGCUUUCAGGUUAUCUGUGCAGCUUUCAGGUUAUCUGGGCUGCCACAGCAGCAAGGGACUCUUGUCCCUCUUCUGUUAACGAAGCUUUUGUUGUUACUGAUGUUGUUCUGCUUUGCCAUCUGUGUUAAAAGGAAUGGUUUUGCCUUGGUACUUUGUUUAGCACUACCUAGUGAGUGACUAAAUGCACAAAAUGCUGUUCUGUUCCGUUAUGUAUGGCCAGUCUUAAACUCAGGGUUCCCAGUACCCCCCAGUUACUGAAACAUACCUAAACAAUCCAAUAGCCCUUACCAGGAGCUGGUCAGGUCAGGCUGACUGUAGCAUAUGUGUCUUUGGAAGAAGUGACUAGGGGGUCUUGCUGGCCAGAAAAGUACUGUGGGUUGCCACAGCAGGGGAGGGAUUUUUUUCUCAUGACCUGAAGGCUAAAGGAGUUUGUGACUUUUCCUUAUUUCUGUUUUUAGGUACUGCACUGCUAGGACAGUAUUCUGCAGGACAAGACUUCUCCUGCCUUUUUUUUACAGCAUUUUUACAACUCACUUGUUAAUAAACAGGAAAAGAUGCGCAAAUACUGUCUGACAUGCUCUGUGGUCUGUUCCCUGCUGCUGAGAACUGCGAUAAGUUAUUCUGUCUUGCUCUGUUGGCAGAAAGUGACUCGUGAUGUGAAAAUUAUGAUAAAACUUCAAAAUAUUUGGUGUUUUUUUACACUAAUACUUUUAUUUUGCUUAAGCUUUCUUUUCUUAUGUACAUAUUUCUUCUGUGGCUCACAGAAUGUGCAGUUGAUCCUUCCAUGCAUCACCACUGCAUGUCAUUUGUGGACAAAAAGAAGAGCUAAAGUUGCAUCCUUACUGUGAAAAUCCUCAGAAAGCCCAUUCCACAAAUCAGCUUUUUCAGCAGGACACUUACACUACAUUUAUAAUCAUUCAGAUGCAGAGAUUGCAUUGGCACUUUUUUUUUUUACUUUGAUAUGGUCUUACAAGCUCUAGCAUGAAGAUAGCUAUAAAGCAGCUGGAGAAUGGAAAAUAUCUGUUAAAAAUCAAAUAUGACAUGUUCAUCUUGGAUAGGAAUGUGCUUCUUAGUUAUACAACUAUCAUUUUGUAUUUAACUGCAUUUACAAGACUUGUCUUGUUACCUUUUUGGGAGUUCACACUCCCAGGGUUAUUCGACACUCCUUCAGCCUAUAAAUUAUGGGCACUUGCCUACUGAAGUGUGAUUUAUUAUUUUUAUAAAAAUGCCCAACCUUUACAUUCCAUGUUUUGCUGGAAAGAGGCUUCUUUGUGCACCAAGACUUUAAAUUGAGAGCAGCCAUUUACUUGCUGCUUUCACUUUUUUGGAUUGUGUUGUUCAAGGACCUUGGCUCACUCCUCUCACCAUGAAGAGUUUUGCUCUCCUUUUCCUUGUUGUGAUCUGUGGCAUGGGAGGAUUGGGACAGAAGCUGAAGCCAAAGAAAAGAAGCAAUGGUGAAGAAAUCAAAUUUCGGACUAAAACCAAAGACGUUUGCACAAUGACCAUGAGUGGUGAUGAUGAGGAGAUGAGACUUAGAAUUGAAUGCAAAAGCCAAGGCAUGUCCUACUGGUGUGAAUUCACUGGCAAGCCAUCAGUCUGUCGUGCUUUCAGAAAUAAUCCAAAGAUUUACUGGAAUCAGAUCGCCGCGGAACUCAGAAAGAUCCCGCACGCUUGUGAAUCCAUGGAAGUGUUGAAGACCACCAUGUGCCAAAAGGCUCCCCCAGAGGCUCUCAUGAGGCAAAUAGCUGCUGGUGUGGAGCCAGAAGAUCUAGCAAACCAGGAAAAGUCAGUCCAGAAAGCUUCUAUUCCUAUGAGAGAAGCGGGGCAAAACUUUGACCCAACCCAACAUGGUCAAGGGUCUGAAAAUGAAACAGAAGCAAUGAAACUGGCACGGGAACAUUGCUGGGAAUCUCUGCAUGGUGUCUGCUCCUACAUCAUUGGCAUCUUUAGGGGUUAAGGAUUUGAUUCAGAGCAAAGAUGUUGCAGCUGAAGAAGGGUCCUUUGCUGCAUUGUAGUAAUUUAGACAUAAGAAUUUUGGUUUAAAAGAAGUAAUGUCUAUAAAUCUUUUAGCUGUUUCAUUUUUAAAGAAAAAAUGAACAAAGAAAAGUAACUCACUUCUUAACAGCUCUGAAAAAUUCACAAAACUGGAGUGAUUGUGCUUAAAGUGUUAGAAUUAACUAACCGCCCCUAGGCUUGUUACACACCAAGGUGUACUGCAUUUAUGUAACCAAGGAUCUGCUUGACUUUGCAUAGGUUUUUGUGUGUACUGACUUGCUUCAGUUUGUUAGAGAUGAACGCUGUUAAUGAUGAUACAGGUAGUACAAACAAUAAAAAUAAGA